UUUAAAUAACAUUUCAGUAGUACUGCGAGUGCUUCGAACACCGUUUUAUUUUCAGCACCAGUGCAUCGGCUUUUAUUACUGAUCAUGUGCUUUAUUUGUCGAUAAGAAAAAAAACCACCGGUUUAAUAUAAUUUUUUCUCAGGGAAGUUGUUCUUUACAUAAGGUUUUAAGCAUCCAAGAUGCACCUAGGCGUAAAACUCACCCUAGUAUCGGUGGCAUCGGUAUUAGCCGCGGCGGCGGCCUACUUCUACCAGAAAAAAAAGAAAGAAAUAAUCCCGUGGUCCUGGGAAGAAGUUGGAAAACUCACCAAGCUCAAUCUGUAUCCAUUAAAAAGUGGACACAGAAUCGAGUUGGUUAAGGCUGAAUGUACCGAGUUUGGAUUGAAGCAGGCAGAUGAAGGGGAUAACGUUAAUCAGCUGAGAGACCGUACAAAUUUCAGAUGUCUAGUGGUCUAUUCCGAAAACGACAAUGAGUUUCGCACUGCCAGGACAUACCCAAAAAUGGUGCUGAUCGAUGUUUCAAUACAUGAUGACCAGUAUUUGGCUGUUGAUGCGCCCACCAUGAGAACCCUUUAUGUGAAAAUACCUAAUAAUGAUGUAAAUCCUGAGUCUUUUGUUAGGUUACAUAAAGGCGAAAAAAUCUAUGCCAUAGAUUGCGGAGACGAGGCUGCUUCCUGGUUUUCCCGAUACAUCCUCGAAAAAGAUUCAGGACUAAGAUUAGGUUUCCACGAUGCGAGUCGACGCAGGGAUAUUAGCAAAACACACAAGACUAUUCUCGACUACUACACGAACUUAUCCAGCAAUUCCACGGGACUCUAUUCAGAUUUAACGGCCGUUUUGCUGGUGAAUCAUCAGUCUAUUAGAGACCUGAACAAAAGAAUCGGUACAUCAAGCGUUACUGUCGAUAAUUUCAGACCAAAUGUUGUUGUUGAUGGGCCGAAUUUAAAACCGUAUGCCGAAGACGAUUGGGAAUGGAUCAAAAUUGGGGAUGUUGUAUUGAAAAAUGUGAAAGAAUGCACUAGAUGUAUUAUGACCACAGUAGAUCCUGAAAAUGCCUCCAGAAGUAGCGAUAGGGAGCCCCUAAAGACCUUAGAGACGUAUCGUAUGAGUAAUGGUCCAAACACCCUCCCUACGAUGGGGAUUAACUGCGAAGUAAGAGUAAAGGGAACAAUUAAACUGGGAGAUCCUGUAUUUAUUCCGAAGAGAAUGACCAUUCAGGAAGCGAAGGCAAAUGGUACGUCCGCAAAUGGGACCGCCAAAACGGAAUGAGAGCAUUCAAUUUACAACAAACCAGUCUAAAUUAUUUUAAAUACUUAGUGAUUAUUACUAUUACUUUAGUUGGUCGUCAUUGUAGUCUGUUAUUUUUAUUCAUAUCCUCAAAUAGUGUUAAUAAAUUGUAUAUAUGAACAAUAAAAUAAGAAAACCUA